AUGGAACCACAGUCAUCCAGAUUACUGAAUUUUAUUCUUGUAGGACUCACAGACCAGUCAGAAGUACAAGACCCACUCUUUCUGUUAUUCUUCCUCAUCUACACUGUGACCCUGUUGGGAAACUUGGGCAUGAUCAUCCUAACCAAGAUUGAUUCUCACCUGCAAACCCCCAUGUACUUUUUCCUCACACAGCUGGCAUUUACUGAUGUUGGCUAUUCCACUGCUAUUGGUCCAAAAUUUUUGGUCAAUUUUAUAGUAGAAAAAAAUACCAUCUCCUACAAUUGGUAUGUAACCCAGCUCUUUGUCUUUGGGACAUUCACGAUCAAUGAAUUUUUCAUUCUGUCUGCCAUGGCAUAUGGCCACUAUGUAGCUAUCUGUAAGCCCCUACUCUAUAUGGUAAUUAUGACAGAUAUGGUGUGUUUGGUCUUAGUGGCCAUCUCUUACAUUUAUGGCAUAUUUGUGUCACUGCUCAUUAUAGUUAAAAUUUUUACUUUAACCUUUUGGGAUUCAAAUGUAAUCCAGCAUUUCUACUAUGGUACUCUUCCCCUAUUGUCCCUUCUGUGCUCUGACACACAAGAAAUUGAAUUGAUUGUAUUUAUUUUUAGUGUUUUAAAUUUUCUUUCCUCUCUCCUGAUUGUUCUCAUCUCCUACAUGCUCCUCUCUGUGGCUAUACUCAGGAUGAAUUCUGCUGAGGGCAGGCACAAAGCUUUUUCGACCUGCAACUCCCAUCUCACUGUUGUGGUUGUAUUCUAUGGGAGUCUUCUCUUUAUGUACUUAAAGCCACAAUCCAUUCACUCCUUUGAAACUGACAAGAUGGCUUCUGUUUUUUAUAGGCUGGUGAUCCCUAUGCUUAACCCUUUGAUCUACAGCUUGAGGAACAAGGAGGUGAAAAUUGCCCUUAAAAGAACCAUAGAAAAUUGA